UAAAAAAUGGUUGAGAAUUUGUUAGCAGUUUAUUUACAUUUAAUGGGAAAUUACCACUAUUAACCAAAUUAUAAAAGGGUUUUUAGUUCUCUGUCCUUCUAGCUACGGUUGUGCUGUUUCCAGAGAGGUGCGGGACUUCAUAUUGUGGAGAAAACUGAGUAAAAACGAGAGAAGCUGCAGUGUUUUUGGAAGAUGUGGAGCUUACCAAAGCUGCUGCAGUUCCACAUUCUGACCAGAGGGGGCGGAAGUGUAUCUAACCGUGUCCGUGCUAUAAAACCGGCAGCGCCAGAGAAGAAGGUGGUGUGUGUGGAGGUCAUGCCGUGUCCAUCAUGUCUGAGUUUUUACCCACUCUGCUGCUCUGUGUUUACGGCUUCUUCUCCAACCUGCGGCCGUCGGAGCCCUUCCUCACCGCCUACCUGAUGGGACCCGACAAGAACCUGACGGAGACCCAGGUUGUGAAUGAGAUCUAUCCCAUCUGGACGUAUUCCUACUUGGCGCUGCUGUUCCCCAUCUUCCUGGUCACCGACUACGUCCGCUACAAGCCGGUUCUGCUGCUACAGGCCUCCAGCCUGCUGGUCACCUACGUGAUGCUGUGGAAGGCCGAGGGUCUGCUGGCCAUGCAGCUGCUGGAGUUCUUCUUUGGGCUGGCCACCGCUUCAGAUGUGGCCUACUACUCGUACAUCUACAGCGUGGUGGAGCCGGAGCACUACCAGAGAGUGACGGGUUACUGUCGCAGCAUCACCCUGUUCGGCUCGGCCACCGGCUCUCUGACCGGACAGCUUCUGUUCUCUGUGGCCAAAGUCCAGCUGCUGCAUCUCGUCAUCAUCACGCUGGCGUCGGCCGCCGUGGCCUUCCUCGCCCCCUGGUUCCUCCCGAUGCCCAAGAGGAGUUUGUUCUUCCACAAGAGUCCAGGAGCAGCAGAGGAGAGGCCUGGCAGCAGGAGCAGCUCACAGAUGGAGAAGACCGAGGAUCUGGAGAGCAAAGUUCCUCUGAACAGCCAGGAGGUCUCCACGAUGUCCAGGUCCUCUGAGGCUGAGAGGCGUCACAGCGGUCUGAAGGAAGUGUUGAAGGUUUUGUUUGCAGACUUUGUUCAGUGCUACAGAUGUGGUCCUCUGCUGGCCUGGUCGCUGUGGUGGGCUUUGGCCACCUGUGGCUACUUCCAGAUCGUCAACUACGCCCAGGCUCUGUGGGAGAACGUCCGAUCCUCCAAGGAAUACGAGAUCUACAACGGCUAUGUGGAGACGUUGUCCACGCUGCUCGGAGCUCUGGCUGCCCUGCUGGUCGGCUGUCUUCCCGUGUCCUGGGCUCUGUGGGGGGAGAUGGCUUUGUUUCUGCUCUCGCUGCUGAUGGCUGCUUGUGUGUUUGUCAUGGACACGGUGCAGAACAUCUGGCUGUGCUACAGCUCCUACGUCCUGUUCAGAGCCACGUACAUGCUGCUCAUCACGGUGGCCACGUUCCAGAUUGCAGCCAGCCUCAGCAUGCAGCGCUACGCCCUGGUGUUUGGAGUGAACACCUUCGUCGCUCUGCUGCUGCAGACGCUGCUCACGGUGGUGGUGGUGGACACAGCAGGCCUCGGCCUCGACGUCUACAAACAGUUCCUCAUCUAUGGCGCCUACUUUGCCGUCAUUUCUGUGAUCUUCCUCCUCGCUGGACUUUGCAAACUGGCCUCCAGGAGGCGCUCUGAGCAGGAGGUCCUGACCAACGGCCGAGCAGAAUCAGACUCUCCGUCUAGCAGCGAGGCAGCCUCCUGCAGAUAGCACUGAACGAGUGAUCAGUUCUCACAUACGAACACACCAAAGGUGAGUGAGCACAGUUCAUCAGGAGAGCUUCAAUCAUCUCUGCAGCCACUUGGUGACCCAGUAGAAGGUAAUGUCUCCAGAUCUACUGUAGGAUGUUCACUGUGCUUUUACCUGCUUCAAACACAAGCUGCAUCGCUCCAUGUUAGCCACCAGGUAAAGAUCUCCAGAACGAGCUGAACGACCUCAACACAUCAGACUGUAACAGAAAACAAGCACUGAGACUGAAAUGCAGCAAAAACACAUCCAAAAAGUAGAUUAGAACACUGAUGGGUGUUUCUAGUGCUGUUACAUGUCCGCUAUCAGCACGCUAACGGUUAAUCAGCUGCUAACUGUUGGUUCAGAAAACAGUUAAAAACUGCAUUCCUGGUACGAAUAUUACUGAACUAAUGGGGAUGAUGCUGAGCUGCUCCAUCUGCCACUGAGAUAUAACAACACUGAGCUAAUUGGUUUAACAUGGAGGUCAUUAAACGUCUCAGAACACUUUCUCAUCGUGCCCUUUACUAGCUAGCUACGAUGUCUGCUUGCUACAAAUCAAAGACUGCAAAAACAAAAAGGUCAAUGCAGCUUUAAAAAGCAUCACAGAUAGAAGGCUUCAUCCUGCACUUUAUGAAUGUGUGGAAAUCCUUUUCUAACGCCUUAGACUCGAUAUAAUCAAAGUUAAAUGAGCACCUUCACAUUUAUCACCAGCCAGAAAACAUGUUUGUGUCUUUGUUAGUUCCUCCUCUAACCACAAUGACUGUCUGUUGUUCUGUCGUUGAGAUGAACUCAUAUCUGGUCUUAUUUCUAUAAUUAUCAGGCCUUUAAGUGUCUGUCUUGAAGCUACAAAUGGUCAUGAUUUAUUUAUGUAAAGAUGUUCAUGACUGCUGGAUGAUCGCUGCUGUAUUUGGAGAAAGUGCCUGAAAGGUUUUGUUUUUUUAAAGUGUGGGGCUGCUUUGUUUUUUUUUUAUUAAAAUCUGUUUCUUGACAGUAAAUCCAGUGAAAGAACCAGAAGUGUUGUUCUGGUUCUCACUGGUUCCUUCUGAAGACAGAAAUCUUUAAAAAUGAAACUGAACUUGUGAGUUUUAAAACAGAUUAACGCUGUAGUUUGUGUCAGAUGUUGAAGAAAACGGUGUGCUUGUUAGACUCCUUUGAGCAGCAGAUAUCUAAUGUAUGUGUGGAGCUUUCUGUAACAUUUCCUGUUGUUAGGAUCAGUUUAGAGCUGGUUUGACUUUAUUAUUUGUUGACAGGAGAAAAAAGUGUGGAAUAUCACCACACGUUACUUUAAAUGUAAACGUGAUGACCAAACUAUUUUCCUGCAUCAGUCCAUUCAGUUUAGACAAAAUAAAAACCAAAAGGGGCCAAAUAUAAACCAGAUGUUGCUGUAAUUGUACCAAGAGCCCUGCAGUCUGUAGACAGCUACAGACAGGUGACAAAUUAAAGGAAAAGCCAACCUUAAGUGUCUGAGCAAAGUCAGAACAGCUUCAGUGCUCCUCAGCUUUGAUUGUUCACGUCUGUGGAACUCUAGAGGGAUGGGAUAGAAUUUCAUUUUAUACUUUAAGCAUUUCUAUGUGUUCAUUGAUGUGGUGGGCAAGUGGACCCAAACUGGACCCAAAUACCAGUUAAAUGCCCCCACAGCAUACCAGAGGCCCCUUUUCCUUUAAUGUGUCACCCGUCUGCAGCUUGUGAAGGCAGCGUCAAACUGCAGUGUCUAGUUGGGAGGAAGUGUCGCUCCACAUCAACAGAAAGCACAGAUAUCUGCCUUUAAGUGUUUCUCAAGUUGUACUUUUUGUUUAGCAGCACAAUCACAAAACGGCACAGUUUGCCUUUUCAGAGGAGGACGAGCUGGUUUCUGUGUCUGUGUCAAGGUUUCUACUGGGAGAUAAGCAGCGACUGUUGAGUCCUGUGUGAAGAAUAAAUGGACCAAAUGUCCAAACGGGGCGGCAACACGAUUCACAUCUGGUCUGAGAUGUUUACAUCCACUGAGAGCAUCCAAAACUAACGUUAGAUUAACCCUCUAAACCCCGACACCUGCCCAUGAUUUUAUCUCUCAAAAAAAAAAAAACUAAAAUUCUGUUUAUCACAGAAAGAAA